AUGGAUCAUCCAACCCCAUUUCCAGGGAAGACACAGACUUUGAAACCCAAAACUACGCGUAAAAUUACCGACGCAUCGACAAGAACUAGACUCAAGGAACCUCCAUUUUCCAGGCAAAAGCGAGUGUUUGGUACCGUUCGAUGCACAAACAUUCAAGUCAAAACAGUAACCGAAAAAGCAAUCACCAAAGAACCCAAAUCAACAACAAGAAAAUGCAAUGCUAGCAUAAAUGUCACAACCGAUCAAGUUGCCAAGAACAACUCACCCAAGAAACCAGGGCAAAGAUUCAAGAAGAAAAGCAUCGACUCCCAAGAAAAGGUUCGGCCGAAUCUGUCGGAUAUUAGAACGCCUGUGGCUUCACAUUCUAUAACUGAGAGCAAAGUUGCUGGGACUCCAUAUCAUAGUGCAAAUAAUUGUAGCAAAUGCAGGUUUGAUAGGCUUGAAACGGCUUCUUAUUGGCUUGGUCAGAUCAAGUUGGCUGAAUCAGUUGGCAAACAUUUCGUUUCUGUUGCUUUCUUUCGUCUUGCCUUCGAUUCCAAUGCUGAGCCCAUAAGGAACCUUCGUGUUGAACUGAAACGAUACAUUGGAAGGCAUGAGUACUUGUCUUACGAAACAGAGUGGAAAGAUGUGAGUCGCAGCUAUGGAAUAUUGAAGGAUGAAAGCAAUGUAGGAGGUGAAAAUUUGAAGCUUGGAAAAGGCGAGACAACUUGUAGUGAUUUUGAUCAACACCGGAUCAAGGAAGGGAAGGAACAAGAAGCUGUUUAA